GGAAAACGGUGACAUCUGCAUAUUCUGACUGAUGUUACGUGCUGAUCGGCGCAUCCGAUACCGUUAGAAGAAGCUACAGUUCGGUUACCACUAUUUGCAGAGAUAUGCCGGUGUAUUAUACUGGCUUAAAUGCCAGCCCACUCUUUUCCAAUCAAGAUGGAAUUGUCACAUCAAUAUCGAACUUGACUCAAAUUUCAUUUCCUGGAAUAACAGACAUUGAGAUUGGCUGGAAUUAUUUUCUUCUAUGGCAAGAUACAAAAUUGUAUAUUACUGGUAAAAUUAGUGAGGAUGAUGACAAAAACAGGCCACGUUUAACGCAGAUUCCAGAAGAGUCAUCAGGAAGCUGUAAAUUGGCUAUCCCUGGUCGGAAUAGUGUAGUUAUUUUGUCCACGCGCAAUGAAAUCUGGAAAUAUAAAAUAUAUGAUGACUCUUGGCAAAAAGUAACGCCUUUUAUUCCCAGCAAUGAUAACAUGCAAGCUGAACACAUCAUCAAACUAUCACAAGCAGGAUGUACAGUAGUUUUAACUAAUUUAGGACGUGUAUUUAAUGCUCCGCUUUUGGUUGAAAUGCCAAAGAGAGUCAAGUUUGUUGAUCUUGCCUGUGGUUUUGACCAUACCAUUUUACUGGCAGAGAAUGGCGAUGUAUAUUCAAUGGGGAUGGGAAUACGUGGUCAAUUAGGGCACAACGAAUUAGAAGAUUGUGACAAUCCAAAGCUCAUUGAGGCCUUAGCAGGUCUGAAAGUAGUACAAAUAUCAGCGGGUGGUUGGCAUACCGCCGUAGUCACUGAUCAGGGUGAUCUUUAUACUUGGGGAUGGAAUUCGAGUGGUGAACUAGGAAUUGAGAGUAAAGACAAGAAAGUCCAUGCCGUACCAACUUUAGUAGAUUUUAAAAAUGACAGAGGAGAGAAUAUAGAAAUUAAUGUUAAAAAAGUUGAAUGCGGAAAUUCAUUUUCUGUGUGCUUGACAGACGACGGCUCCUUUUGGGGCUGUGGCACUAACAAGUACGGUCAACUAGGAAAAUUUCAACAGAACUUGGAAAAUCCAUGUAAUUUUGUCAAAUUGGACAUUCAUUCGCUAAAUUCUGAAACAGUGAAAAAAUUCAAAUGUCGCGAAUGGGGCACGGCGAUAAUCACGGAAUAACGUUGUACUUUAAAUUGUUAGACUGUACGAAAUAAAAUAUUCUCUCAAUA